GGAAUCUGGUGCCAUUUUUAUGUUGGAUGCUUGAUUAAAUUAACAGGAAAGAAGAACAAGACCGAGGAACCGCAUUGUGUUGCAAUGUAAGCGGUAAGUUUCAUGUUUUCACGCGUAAUGGGUCAUUUCCCCGUCAAUUUGGCUUUAUCAGAGACGGGCCCGAGUUGGAAAGGUAAGCGUGAAUGGUGAUUUUCUGAACUGCCCGAUUUCUCUCGAGAAGGAUUACACUGUGCAGGCCCACUCUUUUGAAACAGAGCCCCAAACUUCGCCGUUGGAAACUAGCGACAACGGUGGCACUGAAAGGGACCCCAACGUAGAUUUUUCUACAAGUCACGAAUGAAUCUCUCUCUCUCUCUUCUCUCCCUUGUGAAAUUGCUCAAUGGGUUCACCGUUUACCCCACCUGUGCUUUCAUGGCCAAUCGAUCAAUGAAUGCAAGCUUCUUUCAGUCACACCACUCACUGUUUUUUGGCACGGACACUAGUGACCAAGUCUUCGCUGUUUGGUCUUCCACGUCAUUGACGAAUCGUCGAUUUAAGUGAUUUUCUAACAGAAAAAGAGGUUCAUGGACCGAAUUGCUUCUAUGCGUUUCUCUAAUAAAUCACUGAUAUUUCCCCCUUUAGUUUAUCGGUCACACAGCCAUGGCCGCUGCUUGUUCCAUCUUAUGCUUCUCUCCUCGUCUUCUUCCUCUUCUCAUUCUUAGUCUGCACCUCUGUUGCGUUCUCUCAGAUGAACGCCAUCCACGUGAGGACUGCAGUAAAGACUUUUUUAUUCGUUGUCCCUUCAACCAUGACGACGGUCCUCCUCCUAAUUGUGGCAUCCAUGUCAUAUCAUGCAGUGAAGGUACCACCUAUAUUUCUCUCUUCGACCAAAAAUUUACCGUUAAUAUCUCGUAUUGUGAGGGCAGAAUUGACAUAGACCUCAAUCCUAUGUCAUUCGUGGGACUCAUUUGCGGAACUCCCAAAUUCGAAGACCUGGCAGACAAACUCCUUCGUAGUGGUUUCUGUUUCUCGACUCCCUCAAUCCUCGGCAAAUGUAAUGAUACUCUAAGGAAGCCGGAAACUCUGAAGAAAGUUGUUUGUGCUACUGAACACCGGUUCAUUGUUGGGUGUAAAGGUCAGCAAAUCCCAGCUCCAAAUGGACAAUGUCAUCCUGAUCUGCCAAGUGAAACAUUUAGUCUUCACUGGGAGCCUGAGUGCGAUUCUGGUGGCAACAACCUUCCUGCUUGUCACUGCAAAAACGGCUCUGCGAUUCCGAGCGAUCCAACAACUAAACCGAUUUCAAACGGUGGUCCGACCGUUUCUUACAGAGGUAAAAAGACGAACCACUUCUGUUUGGCCGUUAUAAUAGGUGUCGUCUCUUCCUCUGUCAUUUUUGUUACAUGCUUUCUCCUGUUCCUCUGCUUCCGGAACCGUAAUUGCAGAAGACAGUCACAUGUGGUUGCUUCGGUCUACACUUGCUCCAGUUCUUCAAGAACGUCAAACCAACCCAAUUUAGAAAGCACAAGCUUCUAUCGGCGGUGCAGGAACGUCACAAUUUUCAGCUAUGAGGAGCUGGAGAAGGCAACUGAAGGUUUCAGUCCCUCUAACGAGCUUGGUGAUGGUGGGUUCGGCAUUGUCUACUAUGGUGUCCUCAGUGAUGGUAGGAAAGUUGCAGUCAAGCGUUUGUUCGAGCAUAGCUUCAAUCGUGUUGAGCAAUUCCUGAAUGAAAUUGAAAUCCUUUCCAAAAUUCAGCACACAAACCUUGUGCAACUAUAUGGUUGCACAACCCGCAAUAGCCGAGAGCUUCUCUUGGUGUAUGAAUAUGUAGACAAUGGGACUGUUGACGACCAUCUCUAUGGGUCCCGAGCUGCCGAUGGCUGCCUGACAUGGAAGUUGAGGUUGAACAUUGCUGUCAAAACUGCAGAAGCUUUGGCCUACUUGCAUCAGCUUAAACCGCCAAUCAUUCACAGAGAUGUGAAGACUAGCAACAUACUUCUGGAUAAGAACUUUCACGUUAAGGUAUCUGAUUUUGGCUUGUCAAGGCUUUUCCCGUGUGACGUAUCGCAUGUCUCAACAAUACCACAAGGCACACCCGGCUAUAUUGAUCCUCAGUAUCAUCAAUGCUACCAAUUGACAGAUAAGAGUGAUGUAUAUAGCUUUGGUGUAGUGCUCGUGGAGCUUAUCUCUUCUCUUCCAGCAGUCGAUAUCAUGCGUCCAAACGAUGAGGUUAAUCUUGCUAACAUGGCAACUAACAUGAUCCGUAACAACGCAUUGCAUGAGUUUGUGGACUCCACCCUUGGGUUCCAGUCCGAUUACCUCGUCCAGAAGUCUGUGGGAUCUGUAGCAGAGUUGGCGUUCAGCUGCCUGGCAUAUGAUAUGGAGGUGAGGCCAACGAUGAAUGAAGUUGCAGAAACGCUAAGACAGAUACAGGCUCAGGUGCAGAAAUCAGAGAAGAAUAAGCCAGCUUUUCAAGCUCUGCUGAAGAGCACUGUGUUUUUAAAGGCUCGUGGACACUCAUCUCCUAAUCCUGUGGAUGAUAAGCAGGUUAAGCAGCCCACCAUACCUAAUAGCAUCGUGUAGGAUAUGUGAAACAUUGUUCCUAGAACGAGGUCAUGAACACUAUGGUGUAUAAGUAUCUUACUACGUGCAUAAUAAUCAUGUGUUAAGUCUCUGGCCAACAAUUUUGGUGUUGACACCUUUUUGCCUCUUUUUUAUA